AGGACACCCAGGACACCCAGGACAAUUCGCAUUCGAUCAAUUCUCCACAAUCCACAAAACAACCUUACACUCACUCACUCACUCGCUCGCUCACUUGGUAGACCAGACCUUGAAGCCUUGACCCUCCCGCCUCUUUCUCCUCCUCAUUUCACACCACUCAACCACUCAAUUGCUUCCGCUUCCUCUCUCCAAACACCCACGCCGUGCCCCGAGACACUCGCUAUAUAGCUUGUGCUGCUGCUGCUGCUAUUGCCGCUGCCGCCGCCGCCGCCGCUUGCUGGUGCUGCCGUUGCCGUUGUUGCUGCUGCUGCUGGUGUUGGUGCCGUUGCUUCUGCCGUCGUUGCUACUGCAUCUCGUUACCACUAGUAUCGUCGUUGUCCUCGCCAUCGUCGUCGCCGCUGCUCCUGCUGCUCCUACUACUACUGCUACUACUUCCGUUGCUAGUAUUUAUUUUAUAUUUUAUUAUAUCUCGUCCCCGCCAGCCACGACGUUCCGCUACUGUCACCUUCCCCUGCCUAUUUAUAUCGAUACGAACCAAAUACAAUAGGCCGCUUACAUCAUUUUCCUCUCACAUUACCUAGACCUUUGCGAAACUUGACCUACUACAACGCACUCCAAUAUCCUCAUCCAUCCUACCUUGUUGGAUUACACUACAUACAACUAUUAGUUAAUACUCUUUUGAUUCGCGUACCUCUCGCCCACCCUUCGGUCCAUUGUUGGCCACUCCUAAUUUCACGAUGACGCCGCGAAUGGUGCUAUACAGGCUGGUGGUGCUUGGUGAUGGUGGUGUGGGCAAGACAGCCUUGACAAUUCAAUUAUGUUUACAGCACUUUGUCGAAACUUAUGACCCCACAAUCGAGGACUCUUACCGCAAACAGGUUGUGAUAGAUGGUUCCGCGUGCAUGCUUGAAGUACUAGACACAGCUGGACAAGAAGAAUACACGGCGUUGAGAGACCAGUGGAUCCGCGAUGGUGAGGGAUUUGUCCUGGUCUACAGCAUCUCCUCCCGGUCGUCGUUUUCCAGAAUCAAGCGGUUCCACCACCAGAUUCAACGUGUCAAGGAAUCAUGCCAAUCAUCACCAACAUAUGGAGGCUCGCCAAUAUCAGCUGCCGUCCCUGCGAGCUCCGUGCCUAUCAUGCUUGUCGGCAACAAGAGCGACCGCGUAACAGAAAGAGAAGUAUCUACACAAGAGGGCCACGCCUUAGCGAGGGAGCUAGGCUGCGAAUUUGUGGAGGCGUCAGCGAAGAACUGCAUCAACGUAGAGAAAGCUUUUUACGACGUCGUUAGAAUACUACGCCGGCAACGAGAGGCGGCAUCACGCCCACCGGCGCAGCGCAACCGCCCUCCUAACGGAGACACGUUUCCACCAGCCCGUGAUAACGAACGAUAUAGGAGGCCUCGGGGCCGGGGAAAUGGAAGCAAAUGCAUCAUUUUAUGAGAGCCUAGUAUAGUGAGGCAGUGACGGAUGUUGCGAGCUUGCGCAUAACUGAAACGAUACCACGACAGCACUUCAUUUAUAUCCGAUUCAUAUGUACCGUAUCGAAGCACUACCGACUGAUUGCGACCACCUUGGGCGGUGCAUACCGCUCGAGGGCCGAAGCCCAUAUGCUGUUCAAGACAGGGUAGGCCGUGUCCAUACGUACUCGAUUCCGUCUCAUCUCUCUGUAUUGCUUUUUUUUGGACAUGAACCAGUUUCCCACCUGGCGAACGGCGUACGAAUGAAAAAUAAAAAAGCGGCAUCUAGGGCGCAAGACCACUUGGAUUUUCCGUAUACCAAGAAGACACAUUACUGUGAAAGAGAUGGGUCGGGCAGCCGGCGGUGUUCUGGAGUCUCGGAGGGGGGCUGCCAUUUUACGCCACAAGAGUUUCCAGUUCUUCAAGUCAUCUUCUGCACAAUUUUUCUCCAUUGCAAUGUCCAUAUUUUCAACUUAGCCACGCAUGAAUAUUCAUUGUCCCCUUGGUCGGAAAAAGGAUUGUGGAGCCGCGCGGGAAGAACACCCGCCAGGACCUCUUCGAUAUACUGCAUAUUGAGCUAUAUAGUCCAAUCUACUCGGCUAUGGUUAGAACACACUAUAUUCACUCAUCAAUCUAGUCGACUCUUAUAUCAUAUGCUUUUCUCUUAUUUUUUCAAC